UCAUUGUUCCUGGGUCUGAUUGAUCUCGCUAUCAUCAAUGCUUCCAUUGUGUACAACUGGCGCCGCACCAUGGAUGGCAAACGCAAAGCUACGCACGUCGAGUUCCUGAAGAAGCUUCAUUUGGAGUUGAUCCAGCUGAAGCCUGACGACUGGACCCAAAUGCUGCGCCACCGCGGCAUGCACCCUACACCAUCGAAGCAACGCAAGGCUACAACAACUCAUGUACCCGUACCAACCGACGAGUGGAGGAAGGGCAACACGGACGACACGAGAAAGCGACGCCAGCGUGCCUGCAAGGUGUACUCGGUGCUCAAGCGCGCUGGCGAGGCGAGAGGAGGCGAGACUACGUUCUACUGCGGUGGCGGCAAGCUCAAGACGGCGGCAAAAAACGCUCAUACUGCACGAGUGUUCCUGUGCAACAAAGUCAAGCACACAAGUAAUGGUGAGGCAGUUCCCUGCCUCGAGAUUUGGCACCGACACUGGAAGAACGGUACCGUGAUCCCGCCGUCCAUUACCAAGCGCAAGAUUCGCGCUCGGAAGCCGGCGGCAACAGCGGCGGCCGCAAGUGACGGCGGCAGUAGUGACAGCGAUGCCGCGUCUGAUGGGAGUGCGCGCGCGAUUCAGCAGCACAAGCGUGCUCGACGAAACGCAAUGUAG